AAUAAAAUUUAUUAUCUUAUGUCUACAAUUAGUUAUUAGGUCUCAUAUUAGUAACGAGAGAGAGAGAGAGAGAGAGAGAGAGAGAGAGAGAGAGAGAGAGAGAGAGAGAGAGAGAGAGAGAGAGAGAGAGAGAGAGAGAGAGAGAAUAAAAUUAAACUUGGAAAAUAGUAAUGAAAACGUAUAGAAAAAGAAAACUCUAAUAAAACAAAAUAAAAGAAGAAAAAGAAAAGUAAAAACGUGCCAUAGUGGCAUUUCAAAAGAAAAUAAUGAAGAAAAAAACAAGAAAACACGAUCUCAAAAUGAAGUUUCCGAAAACUUAUGAUUUUUUUUCUUCAAUUUCAUCUAAUCAUCCGCAUUUUUCAUCACCAACCAGAAGAAAGAAGUUGCAAUAGAUAGAGAAAAGAAAGGAAAAGACUGAAAAAAGAGGAAAAGUAAAAAGAAGAAAAAAAACAUCGCCAAGUCACUGUUUAUUCUUUUCUUCUUUUGGUCACGGAAAAGAAGGAAAAAGAAGCAAAAAAAAAAAAAGAUAGUGAGGGAAACGCGUCUUGUAUGUGUGUGUGCUUGUGUACAUACGAAUGUAGAAAAGAAAGAAAGAAAUAGAGAGAAAGCCAAAACAUUUAACCUACCUCACCCAAACAAGUUCCUGCAGCCACUCAAAACGUGUGCCGAACAUGUCUGAAACUUGAACACAAACUCUGAAAAAAAAAAGAAAGGUGACCUCUACGUAAGGAAUCGUGAGUUAACUGACCCAUAAAUGAAGCUUCCAAUAAGGUCAGGAAGAGCCAGCUGACCUCACGUGACCCACAGGAACAUGGAGCUGCUUGACUUGAGGAAGAAGAAGGUCAGCGGGGUCGUCAAGGGUCACAGCGCUAAGUUGGAGGUUGAUGGAGAGGGUGAGGGCGGCGGGUCGAAGGCGCUCUUCCUCGAGAAAGUCCGACAGAGCAACGCGGCGUGCCAAUCAGGGGACUUCGAGACUGCAGUGGCCCUGUACACCGAGGCCAUCGCUCUCGACCCACACAAUCACAUCCUCUACUCCAACCGCUCCGCCGCCCACAUCAAGCUUGCUAAGUUCGCCCACGCUCUUCAGGAUGCCACCAAAGCACGUGAACUCAACCCCAAAUGGCCAAAGGUAAGUGUCGUGGCGCCUGCUUCGGUCCAGCUGCCUAGUUUAGAGAGCAGGUGAGGUGUCUUUGUCGUAUUUGCUCUUGUUUAUUCGACUUGUAAACACCUGGGAUAGCAAAGGAGGUGAGGUAAACUUGAUCGCUUGCUUAUGUUCUUCUUCCCACUCGUUUUUACUUUCUCGUUCGAAGUGUGAGUUUAGAAAGAAGAUGAGUUUUUUUUUCCUGUGUAUUCUUAUUUAUUCGACUUGUAAACACCCGUAAUGGUAAAAGACGAACACUCGCUUAUGUGUAAAUUGUUCUUUUCAUUGGUUUUUACUUUCCCGCUUGAAGUGUAAGUGUAGAGAGCAGGUGAAGUGGAUUUUUAUCUGAUUCUCACUUGUGAAAACCCAAAAUAGUGCAGGACGGAACGCUCGCUUAAAUGUAAAUUCUUCUUUUCACUCGUCUUUACUUUCUCGCUUAGAGUGUGUGUUUAGAGAGCAGAUGAGUUGACUCUCUUACGUACUCUUGUUUAUUCGACUUGUAAAUGCACAUAAUAGUAAAAGAGAUGAGGUAAACAGGUAAAUUCACUUAUAUGUAAAUUCUUUUCACUCUUUUUUUUUACUUUCCUGCUUGAAGUGUAGGUUUAAAGAGCAAGUAAAGUGGUUUCCUUAUCUGAAUUUUAGUUAUUCGACUUGUAAACGCCCGGAAUAGUAAACGCAGGUGAGGAAAACAGGAACACUUGCGUAUAAUUCUUCUUUUCACUCGUGUUUACUUCCUCGCUCGUUGUAAUAAAGGUAAUAAAGACGCGCGGCUCAGACUCACGCCACUGUGAAGGAAAUCUGAAGACGAGCAAGAGAAAAGAAAACGCAGACCACGGAAAAUAGUGUGCGUACCAGGGACUGAUUUUUCCUCGUCAAUCCACCGAAAUAUUUAUCAACGUCUGUCUUCUUUCUGUCUGUCAGCGAAGAUGUGAACUUUUUUCUUUUCUUUUUCUUUUUUUCUUUUCCCCAUUGAAGAGGAGACUGACCAUGAGCUAAAAAGGAUAAAAUAAAAGGCACUUAAUUGCAGUUACCGAAAAAAAGAGGAAAGCUGAGUACACUUUAUAGUCACUUACAAAUUUUCCAACAAUUUUGCUCUACAGUCACAGUUACGUGGCCUAGAAGAGACAAAGUUAGCCUCUCAUUCUCUUUUUCUUUCUGCGCCCAAGCAAAGACAUUUUUUGCAUUGAUGUUAUCGAAAAGAAAAAUAUAUCAGUCUCUUAAAUAGUUCUGUAGACAAACCUCUCUCUCUCUCUCUCUCUCUCUCUCUCUCUCUCUCUCUC